AUGGGGGAUCAUUCUGAACAUUCGGUGAAGCAUGUCGAUACGGAACUUAUGUUCUGGAGAGCAUCAGGGGGUGACAAUCGUGUCCGGAUCGACUUCACCAACGGGAACCCUGAGGAGGGUGUCAAGGCAAUGCGGGUUCGUGAUCAGAUGCACCGAGUAAGAGUGCAUGACAUCCGAGGCCAAGAAUCCAACUUCACGCUGGACAGAAAUGGCUUUGUAUAUGUGUCACAUGAUAUGCCUGGAGAUGCCACGGAUGAAGUCCAGGUUAAAGACACCAUCAUCCCCAAGACGGAGGAACUAGUUCGCCAAAUAACUGGGGCAACCAGGACGGUCACCUUUGCACAUCGAGUCCGAUGCCUCGCGACAGAUGCGUCCUUGCAUGCCGAUAAUCGCGCACCCGCACAUAACGUGCAUUCAGACUUCACCACCGAAGGGGCAUUGCACCAUCUGGAGUCCAUUAUACCCGAUGAACAGGAGCGGACCCGUCUCCUCGCUGGCCGAGUCCUGAUCAUCAAUGUGUGGCGACCUUUGAAAACCAUCCAGCGAGAUCCCCUUGCAGUUUGUGACUGGAACUCGGUCAAUCCACGCGACAACAUCCCCACGCGGCUGAUAGUGGCUCAUGGCUGGAAUGAACUAGGCCGGUAUGCCUUCAAUGCAGACCAACAAUGGUACUAUCUGGGCCGUCAGCAGCCUCACGAGCCUUUGGUCUUUACACAAUUCGACAGUGACAAAGGGGUCAGCGUCCCACACUCUGCAUUUGUCGACCCUGAGUUUCAAGAUGGGGCAGCCAGGGAGAGCAUUGAAAUUAAGAUGUUUGCCUUUCUUUAG